CGAAUAAUGCUGGAUGAAAUUACAUAUAUAUAAUUAUAUUUAAUUAUAUAUAAUCACACACAUAUAUAGAGAGAUAAAAAUCUCCUUUCAAUUUUCAAUCUUUUUUGCCCGUUCUUUCUUUUUUUCUGUUCAGCUCGUUACCGUUCCUAAUCCUCGCAUUCGUGUGAGAUGCCUCGUGUUCAUCGCGACGGGAGCGAAACGAGGCAUGCAAGGCGCUCAUUACGUAUUCUAGGACGUGUGAUAAACUACCGUACAAUCUGCCUUAUCUAUCACUAGAGCUAUAAUUUCAAAGAAAGAGACCCCAUCCCGUUCCCUUUUUCGAUUCUCCGACUUCGCACUGCACUCGCUCUCUUUUUUUUCUCUCUCCCUCUCUUGCUCCUUCGUCCGAUUCACUCGACGUCCUUAAUUCCCGCACACCUCCGAAACACGGCGGAAGCGCGAGCGAGUGGCCCGAGGAAGGGGAAGGAUCCCAUUACGCGUUCUAGGACGUGUGUAAUAAAGUUGCCCGCGCUCCGUCUGUCCGCGGCGAGGAGGUGGAGGAGGAGGUAACGUUGGAAAGGCGAGCGCGCGCACACCUGUCCGCGCGCCCGCUCGCUCAGGUGAGAUCGCGGAAGACCUCCGGCGAGGGAGAGACAGAGAUCGCGAUAGAAGGAGGGACGGGCCCCCGCAUGCGGGCCCCGAGCGUGCGUUAUUCCAGCACGAGGCCACCGCCACCACCAGCUCGCGGCUACCCGCCGGUCACGGCUGGCCGGCAGGAGUUCCGGGGCCCACUUCCGGACGGCGGUACCAACGCCGAGUACGGGAGAGGCGGCCGCACCGCUACGGUUUCUUUUUCAUGCCGGGCAUCGACGCGGCCGGCUAUCAGUUGUUCGCUUAUACAGUUAGCCGUCGCGUACGCUUACGCGAGAGCACGGCUAAGUAAGGUAUAGUAACAUCCUGCUCCUUCGCGCGUGUCCCCCGCCGGCGAGAGACGCCCGAAUGGGCCGAGAGAGAUAGAUAGCGAGAACAAUGGAUCUCCUCAGGCGGGUGAGUGAUAAUCCGUUCAGCGCGAGUUCGGCCUUUCGACCUCCUUCGAUCGGAGGGGGUGGGUAAUGCGCGCGGGGGGCGACGCGUGGGCGCGAAAUUUUCAGGGAGAUUCUCGAGGAGGUGAUGGACGUGCGUCUUCCGGCUCGCGUUCGUUCUCCAGCGGUGAUCUCAAGGGCGGUGUUGUGAUUUUUCAAGGAGUAAAGAAGAUAGGCGGUGUCCUCUCUCUCUCUUCUCUUUCGCGAAAUCUUCGGGUUUGACUAGUGCGUCUUCGAUUUAGUUUGAUUUUUCUUCUGUGUGCUCUUAACCGAUGAGUCUAAUUGGGGACCUCAAUAGCUCAGAAGAAUUAAUACAGAAUGAAAAUCUUCGAAUUUGAGAAAGAAGAAGAGUAAAUAUUAAUGUGGCAGGAAAGGAAAUGGAGGGGCAGAGAAGAUUGAUAGACUUAAGGAGGUCUCGAAUAACCGUAAAAAUAAUUAGCAUACUUCUCGGCUAAGUCGCACAGUAGUGAACAAAUUGAGGAUGUCCAAGAUGCAACGUAUUAAGCUGCAAAUAUUGUCUUUCUUACUUUUAGCGUCAAUUUUUUGUAGGAAGAAAUCAAUUUGUUCUCAGAAGGAUAAUUGGACUAUCGAGUCUACAGUCAAAAAUAUCCAAAUGUACAUCUAAUACACCCAUGCUUCUCAUAUUUUAAUCUAACAUAGUACCUCAAAAGAUACACAAUUUCUCUCACACACUUGUCUUUCUCUUUUCGCUUUUUCAGUCAGCGAACAAAGGAAUUGUCGCGAGCGAAGUAAUAAAUCGGUGUUUUUUUCCUCCGCGAGAACUAGGAGACUCGCAACCGUUCGCGGUCGGGCGACCGCGAAUUUUCACCUUUUGGCGCAACUGCCGCAGAAGUGGGCGUGCGGGCGGCAGUUGCGACUUCCUGCCUGUCGCGAUGAUGAUCGUCGCGGAUGAUGCUUAAGCCACACGUGUGCGUGAGCGUGUACGUACACAAUAAUACACGCGAGAGUCUUUCUUUCUCUCUCUCUCUCGAGUUACCGCCGAAUGCGAGGCGUGGAUAUGAAUGAAACAAGCGCGAACGCACGCACGCACUCACACAUCGGGGAACAAAACCAGCACAAUGCGACGGUGACCGCAUAAUGGGGCCCAUCUUACCGGGAUCCGAUGUGGUUACAGGUCAAUCAACUCAAAGCCGAAGAGCGUAGCGCAGAAUUGACUAUUCGAAAUCGCGCGGCGUCGCGAGAGAAACGUCUCUCCAAAAUUUACGUCCUGCUCUUCGGUGACGAUGGGGAAUUUUUUCAAAAUUUGCACACGCAAUUCCACGGUGGAAUUAAAAGCUACAAUCGAGUCAUGAGACUUCUUCAAGUAGAAACUACGGUCAGAUCAGUGCUAACAGUGAAAUUGGGUUGAAUUGCAUAUUAGUGGAUUAAUUAAAUAUGUACGUUGAUUAAAUAGAAUCAAGUGGAUCAGAGAUGCGAGAAAUGAAAACACAUAGCUCCGUCCAAGACUGCGUGUGUAGUGUGUAUACGUAAGCGCAACGGGCACGCGAGCACUCGAGUGCACCUGUGAUGCGGAGGUCCUCGCGAGCUCUGGUAUCCCAGUUUUCAGUCCGCUCGGGAAGCGCGCGAGCGCCGUUUCUCCGUUGCGAAACGUCCGUGCAAAGGACCCUCUCUUUUGCUACCUCUCUGUAUAUAAUAUUAUCGAUGUUGAAACUCGUUGCUGAUUAGCCCGCGCGUAUCUACGCUCAUCGGUCGAUCGACUCACUUCACAUUUCCGACGGUUCCGCAACAAUUUUGAGGACACUCGACUUUGUCCUUUGUGCCAAAUUAUCUGAGAGUACUCUGAGUCAAGGUGCUUUAAUAAUAGGUUGAUGUUUCGUGCUGCUUAUGCGACCUCGCCUCCGAUGUAACACGCGAGAUUAGGCGCGAUCGGCGAAAUUUCGAGCGAUUGGGGGGGCAGAGAUUUUCGGCAAAUUGGUUUCCGGCGGUAAACCGCGGCGGAACAUGACGAGCGUGUUGUACCCUCAAGGUUUAAAUGCCAUCUCGCAGGAUGACAAAAGCUGUCGCAGCGAUGACUCCGGCGGCGAAGUCUUCAGGAACAUCCCGAAGAACAGCAGCACCUUCCGCGUCUGGAAAAUUGAGGGUCUACGAGCAACAGCCGUACCUAAUAGCAAUAUGGGCUUCUUCUUCGCCGAGUCGGCGUACAUCGUCUACGCAGUGUCAGCGAAGGACGGCGCUCUUCCUUAUCCGGGAAUGCCGGUGAAAGAUCAAAAGGGCACAACGGUGGUGCGCGCCAUUCACUUCUGGAUCGGCUCGAGCUGCGACUCGACGGCGUCCGGUGCCGCGGCGCUUCGCGCCGCUGAGUUGGACUCUCAGGUGUCGGCGACGAUUCUAAUGAGGGAGGCGCAGGGCCGCGAGAGCCCCAGAUUCCUCGCCUACUUUCGGCAACGUCUGGUCGUCGAGAACCUACACUUCGAGACGCCCGGCUGCACUCUUCAUCGCGUCUCCGGUGUGGCGGUGCCGAUCCUGACCGAGCUGGAGAAGGUGCACUGGGAGCACUUCAGUUCCAGAGACGUCAUCCUGGUGGACGCUCGGGCAAAGGGAGUCGUCUUCCUGUGGCUAGGCACUCUGUCAGAACCGCUACACAAGCGGCACGCAGCUACUCUGCUGGAGUCCAGGAAGGAGAACAACAACGUUGAUCAACGUGUGGUGGUGGUCGAGGACGGCUACGAGCAGACGCUACCUAGCAACGACAGAGAGCUCUUCAGCAGCGUGCUGGAGCCAUCGGCGAGAGUGGUGGCGCCUGAUCGUCAGCAUCGCGUGAACCCACCAAGUCCCAUCAAACUCUACCGAUGCAGCGAGCAAUCGGGCAAGUACAAGGUCGCCGAGCUCAAGUCCGGUCCGGUGUUGCGCAGCGACCUGACUUCCGGUUCUGUCUACCUGGUGGACCGCGGCGAGGCCGGGGUCUGGGCAUGGGUAGGUCGCGAUGUGAACGCUCGCGAGAGUUUGGAGGCGGUGAGGAACGCGCGCGGCUUCGUCAAGAAGAAGAACUACAGCGACGGCAUGCCGGUAGCCAGAGCGACCGAGGGUCAUGAGCCCGCGGAGAUGAAGGCGUUGCUGAGAGGCUGGGAGCCGUCCAAGACGAGACCGUUGACCUUACCGGUGAGCUUUGAACCUGAUUACAUGAACGAACGACCCAGGAUGGCGGCUGAGUGUCAACUGGUGGACGACGGAUCCGGAGAGAGGAGUUUGUGGCGGGUAGAGCAGAAGGAAGGCAUGGUCGAGGUGGAUGACAAGGGCAUCUACUACGCGGAGGCCUGCUACGUGAUGUUGUACAAGUACGGACAAGGACGAAGGUGUCGCAGCAUUGUUUACUGCUGGGAAGGCGUCCAUUCCGUCAAAGUGGACCGAGACGCGGCUAUGACGGCAGCCUGCCAUUUAUCUGAAGAAACGAACGCGCAGCUGGUGAAGGCAUCCCAAGGCAGGGAACCGCCUCACCUCCUGCAGAUCUACGAUGGAAAGCUGAAGAUACUUGCCGGACGUCAUCGCGACUCACCGCCGAAGAAGUAUUUAGUCAGAGUGUUUGGAUCGACGCCAUACACCUCGAAAGCGGUGGAACGUCCGCUGCGAGCCAGCAGCUUGGAUUCCAGCGCAGUGUUCAUUCUGUUCUCUAGCACGCCGAUCGUCUGGUGUGGUGGCAAGAGCACCGGCGACGCCAGACAGGCCUCGCGACGCCUCGCGCCCAGAAACGCGCCUCUCAUCGCCGAAGGCAAAGAGAGCAAUGACUUCUGGGUCGAACUCGGAGGAAGGGGUACUUACGGCACGGAGACCGAGGAGGUUGGCGAAGAGCUGGACAAGCAUCUGUUUCAAUGUAGAACCGAAAACGGUCUUUUUGUGGGCGAGGAGGUCCUCGGAUUUCGACAGAACUCUCUGAUACCGGAGGCUGUCUGGUUACUAGACGCUGGCAGCGUGAUUUGGGUGUGGGUGGGAAAGUUUUCCAGUCCGCGGACACUGCAAGAAUGCGUCGAUGACGCCUCAGUGUACCUCUACACACAUCCAGCAGGACGCAAUCGCAACACGACAAUUUCUAUAAUUAAGCAAGGUUUGGAGCCGGCCACAUUCAUCGGGCUCUUCGACAACUGGAACCACAAUCUGCUGAGAGAUUACAAGUCGUUCGAGGUUUUCUGCGCCCUACUGGAGGACAGGGAACAGCCAACGAGGCUGCAGACAACCGCAAAGACAACCACUGACUUCGACAACUAUGUCAAGUACCCGUUAGCGGUAUUGAAGAGCGAACCGGAGAACCUACCGACCGGUGUCGAUGUACGACGCAAGGAGAUGCACUUGACCUUCGACAAUUUUAUCGCAAUCUUUAAGAUGGAACCCGCAGAGUUCGAGAAGCUACCGGCCUGGAAAAGGCAGCGACUUAAGCAGGCCGCUGGACUUUUCUAAUAUUUAAUAUUUUUCCCGAGAAUAUUACAUUUUUUUAUCGCUUUCGGUUUGAAAAUUAUUGAUACUUUCGCAAGCUGUCCUACAUCUUUCUCUUAAAGUGCGGCUUGUAAUACUUGUCAUUAAUAUUCUUCGAUUUUAAUUAGCUCUUUAUCGUAGUUCAUCUUUGUUCGAAAAACUAGAACUUAAAAAUCGUACAUUUUCGUUUUUGUCAUUAAUAUUCGUCGAUUUUAAUUAGCUCUUUAUCGUAGUUCAUCUUUUUUCGAAAAAUUAGAACCUAAAAAUCGUACAUUUUUGUUUUGCGUGAUCUCGACGACCUUUAUUAGAAAUAUACGCCCGGACUUUACGAGA